AUGGAACUCAUGAAAUGGGUUCCCUGUGUUGUGGUUGGUGUUUUUCUAGUUUUGGUUAAUGGGUCAUUUGCCUUAUACACUCCUCCUGAUAAUUAUCUAAUUUCAUGUGGUUCUUCUCGAAACAUCACCUUUCAAGGUCGCACUUUUGUUCCCGAUUCACAGCAUUCUUCACUUGUAAUGAAAACUGGAAAUUCUUUUGUUGCAAGUACCAAUUCUAGUGCCCCUUUUCCUAUUUACCAAUCGGCUCGGGUUUUCACCGAAAGAGCUUCUUAUAGGUUUGAGGUGCAGCGAGAAGGUAGGCACUGGGUGAGGCUAUACUUUUCCCCUGUUCCAAACUCCGGUCACAACUUGACUUCAGCUUCUUUAACAGUGGUUACUGAUGAUUUUGUACUCUUGAGCAACUUCACCUUUAGGAAAUACAAUAGUUCUUUUAUGUUCAAGGAGUAUGCAAUCAAUGUUACAUCUGAUACCUUGGUUGUCACCUUCAUUCCUUCGAAUGGUUCGGUAGCCUUUGUCAAUGGAAUAGAAGUUGUGUCAAUGCCGAAUGAGUUGUUUGUUGAUCAGGCGCUGGCUAUUAACCCGCCAGCACCAUUCAAUGGACUUUCUGACCUUGCUUUCGAAACUGUUUAUCGCUUGAACAUGGGGGGUCCUUUGAUUACUGCUGAAAAUGACACCCUGGGUAGGACUUGGCUGAAUGAUAGGAAAUACCUUCAUGUGAACAGCUCGGUCCUUAAUGUGUCGGUGAAUCCUUCGACCAUUAAGUAUCCCGUGGCUGUUAGACCUGAGACGGCCCCAAAUUGGGUCUAUGCCACUGCUGAAGCAAUGGGGGAUGCUAAUGUAAAUGAUCCAAAUUUCAACAUUACUUGGGUCUUCAAUGUGGAUCCAAAUUUCUCCUAUUUCAUCCGGGCGCACUUUUGUGAUAUUAUGAGCAAGUCACUCAACACUUUAGUGUUCAAUGUGUUCAUAAAUUCCGACAUAGCUCUUCAAAGCCUUGAUCUCUCAACCAUAACUAAUGACUUGGCUGUGCCUUAUUACAAGGACUUUGUUGCCAAUGCCUCGGCAGACUCUAACACUUUGACUGUAAGUGUUGGUCCAGAUACUGUGGCUGAUUUCCCAAAUGCGACAAUGAAUGGGUUGGAGAUAAUGAAGAUCAGCAACUCAUUAAAGAGCUUGGAUGGGCUUUAUUCAGUUGACACUCUUCUUCCAAGUUCACAUUCUAAGAAAAGCAUGGUAGGAGUGAUAGUUGGUUCUGCGGUUGGGGCCCUAGCUGCCGUUGCGAUUGUUGGUUUGUGUUAUUGCUGCUUGAUGGGACGCAAAUCAAAGUCAUCCACUCAACAGGGCCAUUCAUGGCUUCCUUUACCCCUUUAUGGAAACUCUCUUACCAUGACGAAAAAUUCAACAAUUUCACAGAAGAGUGGAACUGCAAGCUGCAUUUCUUUAGCUUCAUCAAAUCUUGGACGAUUCUUCAGUUUCCAGGAAAUCCUAGACGCUACCAACAAAUUUGAUGAGAAGCUACUUCUUGGUGUUGGUGGUUUUGGAAGGGUUUACAAGGGAACGCUUGAAGAUGGGACCAAUGUAGCUGUUAAAAGGGGUAACCCAAGAUCUGAGCAAGGCCUUGCGGAAUUCCGGACAGAAAUUGAAAUGUUAUCCAAGCUUCGCCAUCGUCAUCUUGUGUCCCUCAUUGGUUACUGUGAUGAGAGGUCAGAAAUGAUUCUUGUCUAUGAAUACAUGGCUAACGGACCCCUCCGGAGUCAUUUGUACGGAACAGACCUGCCACCCCUCUCAUGGAAGCAGCGGCUCGAGAUUUGCAUAGGAGCAGCAAGGGGCCUUCAUUAUCUCCACACCGGUGCAGCUCAAAGCAUAAUUCACCGAGAUGUAAAGACAACAAAUAUCCUCUUAGAUGAGAACUUUGUUGCCAAAGUUGCUGAUUUUGGCCUCUCCAAGACUGGUCCUGCAAUUGAUCAGACCCAUGUAAGCACUGCUGUUAAGGGUAGUUUUGGUUAUCUUGAUCCUGAAUACUUCAGAAGGCAACAGCUUACUGAGAAAUCAGAUGUGUAUUCAUUUGGGGUGGUGUUAAUGGAAGUUUUAUGCACUAGGCCAGCCUUGAACCCUGUCCUUCCAAGGGAGCAGGUUAACAUAGCUGAAUGGGCAAUGACCUGGCAGAAAAAGGGUAUGCUUGAUCAAAUCAUGGAUCAAAAUCUUGUUGGCAAGGUGAAUCCUGCUUCCCUUAAGAAGUUUGGGGAGACAGCCGAGAAGUGCUUGGCUGAGCAUGGUGUGGACCGCCCGUCCAUGGGAGAUGUUUUGUGGAAUCUUGAAUAUGCAUUGCAGCUUCAAGAGACCUCAUCAGCCCUCAUGGAGCCCGAAGAUAACAGCACAAACCACAUCACUGGAAUUCAGUUAACACCCCUAGACCAUUUUGAUAACAGUGUCAGUAUGAUUGAUGGGGGCAACUCUUGCACUGAUGAUGAUGCAGAAGAUGCUGCUACAAGUGCAGUGUUCUCACAAUUGGUAAAUCCUCGCGGAAGAUAA